AUGUUGUCGCUUAGAAGACUUUCGUCGCUGGUCUUCGGUUUUGAAGAAACGGACCCACUUUGCGGGACGCUCAGAGCAGUCGACGUCCCAGUCUCCUCAGCUGACUGUCGCUCAUGUUCCGACCCUUGUGACCUUGGCCACCAUGAUGCAUACCCCAGACGCUUCGACAUCGACAUGGACACCCAAAUGCUGGGGACAGUCAAGCCCUAUCAUCGCCAGAUUGUUAUUUCCACCGGAAAGUCCGACUGGGAACGCGACAUUACAGACAACCGCUCUUCGCUAGCAGCUCACUUCAGCGACGUCUCGCACAGGGCCAACGUACCGAAACCUUCACCUGGGGCCAAAGGGCGGACUAACGGUAAAGGCGGGCGGGUCGCGGUCAACGGCCUGUUCAAUACCUCGGACUCGGCUCGGAUAUCUGUCCUCAACGGCAGUCACAGGACAAUAUGUCAGGAGGACGACCACGAAACAGUCCUCGUUUUUCCUGACUACAAAAUGGUUACCGAGGUCCGCAGGUCAAUGCAAGGAGCAGAGGACCUCUGGGAGGGCGCAGUCAAACCGGACCUUGACCGCAAGGGCGCGUUUCUCGAAAAGUCUUUCCUCAAGACAUGGGUCCUCCCCUAUUCGUGUGUCAUCCUCAUCUGUUCGCACAAAAAGCGCGACAACAGAUGUGGGAUUGCUGCACCAAAACUAGAACACGCCUUCAUCAAGUCAUUGGAAGCCCAGGGGUGGGAUGCAGACACUGAAAUCGAGCAUCCUUCUCUCACGAUGGGUCCUCCUUUAGAAGACCUCCCGGUCACCCCCGAGGAAAGGGAGGAAAAUAUAGCCGCUCAGCUCAGGGAGAGUGCGGACUCGAAGCGGGCUCUCAUUGUCAAAGUCUCACAUGUGGGUGGUCACAAGUACGCCGGUAAUUGUAUCAUCUAUACACCUUCUGGGUCCGGUCUGUGGUAUGGCCGGGUAACCCCUCACGACGUUGAUUCCGUUGUCGAGAAUACCCUCAUCAAAGGUCUCGUCCUUCCGCCUCUCCUACGUGGUGGAAUCAACCUUUCGCGACCUAACUGCAAAAGCCUUAACGACUGGUAG